AGGAAGGGUGGGUGGAGGGGGAGAGAGGUAAAUAGCCUUAAAUCGGAAGGGAGCUGCUUCUCUGUGGUCUUCCACAAGAGCUGCCUGGGCUCUGCUGGCUCAGUAAUAACUGAGUGACCUUUUCUUUUGCUGUAUUAUGUCUGGCUGGUAAGGGAUUGCAUUUUGCAGCUGAUAAAGCCCUGACUUCAUUCAACUCGGCUCCUCACACGCUGCUUUAGGAGAAGAGCUACAAAGCAGCCACUGUGCUUAUUGAACUGCCUCCCCUGUUAUCGCUUAAUUGAGAAGGUAUACAAAUGCUCUCAGUCCAGCCAGACACCAAGCCGAAAGGUUGUGCUGGCUGCAACCGUAAGAUUAAAGACCGGUAUCUUCUAAAGGCCCUGGACAAAUAUUGGCAUGAAGACUGCCUGAAAUGUGCCUGCUGUGACUGUCGCCUGGGGGAGGUGGGCUCUACCUUGUACACCAAAGCCAACCUUAUCCUUUGUCGCAGAGACUAUCUGAGGUUAUUUGGUGUUACAGGAAACUGUGCUGCCUGCAGUAAGCUCAUACCUGCUUUUGAAAUGGUGAUGAGAGCAAAGGACAAUGUUUAUCACCUGGAUUGUUUUGCGUGUCAACUUUGUAAUCAGAGAUUUUGCGUUGGAGACAAAUUUUUCCUGAAGAACAACAUGAUUCUGUGCCAAACAGACUAUGAGGAGGGUUUAAUGAAAGAAGGUUAUGCACCCCAGGUUCGCUGAUCUGAUGCCACAUCAUUAAGAAUACAAAGCACUAUGUUCUUUUAUCUUUUUUGCUCAACAUGUAUAUAAGAAAUGACACAGGAACCUACUGAAUAGCAUAGAUAUAGGGAGACAGAAUGGUUGCGUGAAAUAAAAGGCGGACUGCAUCUGUAUGUAGUGAAAAUUGCUCCAGUUCAGAGUUGAAUGUUAAUUAAAAAGGUACUGUACAUACAGCUGGAUUCUUUUUGCUUGCUCUUGGGGUUUUUAGUUUGUUUGGGGUUUUUGUUUCUUUUUGUGUCAUUUGGCAUGAGAUGUUUAUUUUGGACUAUUGUAUAUAAUGUAUUGUAAUAUUUGAAGCACAAAUGUAAUACAGUUUUAUUGUGUUACCAUUUGUGUUCCUGUUUGCUUCUUUGUAUUGUUGCAUUUAGUACAAUCAGUGUCUAAACCUACUGUAUAUUUAUGCUUUCUGUAUCUACCAGCUAUUUUAAAUGAGCUGUAUCUUUCUAGUAAAAAGCAUUAAAGAGCAAAUCCCAACCAUUAUUCUACACUUAGAGCUUAAGAAUACUGUUUACAUUAAAACUAUUUAGAAAACUAAUAA